CCGGCACCCCAGCAUUGAACACAUUGGCUAUGUGCGGCACAGAAUAUUUCAGUUAGCAACAAAUAAAAUUGUAUUAAAUUGAUAUAUCUGGUGCAAAAUUUAAACGCUCCGCGUCUUAGGCUAAGUAAACAACUGCAACAUAGGCGUGUGCGAAAUUUUAUCAUUUAAGUCAUAACAUAUUGAACAAGAGAUGGCUGGAAUUCUGUUUGAGGACAUCUUUGAUGUAAAAGACAUCAAUCCAGAUGGCAGGAAGUUUGACAGAGUUUCUCGUCUACAUUGUGAAAGUGAGUCUUUCAAGAUGGACCUCAUCUUAGACGUCAACAUUCAGAUCUAUCCUGUGGAUCUUGGUGAUAAGUUCAGGCUGGUUAUUGCCAGCACAUUAUAUGAAGACGGAACACCAGAUGACGGAGAGUACAAUCCACAAGAUGACCGGCCAUCAAGAGCGGACCAGUUCGACUAUGUGAUGUAUGGGAAGGUGUACAAGAUUGAGGGCGAUGAGACUUCAACAGAAGCGGCCACACGCCUCUCCGCCUAUGUGUCUUACGGCGGCCUCCUCAUGAGGCUGCAAGGAGAUGCAAAUAACCUCCACGGCUUUGAGGUGGACUCCAGAGUAUACCUCCUCAUGAAGAAACUGGCCUUUUGAAACCCACCUCUACCCCACUGCCCACACCUGCUCUUUCUACAUCAUGGCCCUCUGUAAGGCUGCAGUGUGCUUCAUCAGGUGGUUGUAUUAUGCCCCCUACUGGACCAGUUUAGAAAGGCAGGAACAUGCAC